UGCUGCCCGAGGUGUGGCGAGGAGCGGGCGCCGCCGCCGCCGCCACCACCGCAGCAGCGUCUUUUCCUUCUCUUGCUGCCGCCGAGACCAUGGCCGCCGAGUCCACCCCCGCACUACUGGACGAUUUAAGUGACCUGUUGCGGGAAUUUGAUGUGGUGAUUGAGGAAUUUGACAGGGGCCCUGCAUGUCAGUAUGAGCAGCAUCUGGAGGAUCUGAAGAGGAAAGCAGGCCACACUGUGUACGACAGUGGCAUUGAUGAGCUGGAGAGUACCAGCAUAUCCCCAGGAAGCAGUCUAAGCUCCAGUGAGGAGGAUCUCAAUGAUCCUGCUAAUGCUUACCCUUCUAAAGCUAAGCUUGGAGACACACAAGAGUUGGAAGAGUUCAUUGCAAAUCUGGACAAAGUGUUAGAGGAGAUGUGAGCCAUGGUUUUGGUGCAGAGUUUGGAGAGCAGUAUCCACAGCAGAUGAGCCUAGAGCCUCCAUGAUGUACCUUGUUUCUGGGCCUCCUUAUUCUCACUGUCUGUGCAGAGGACAGCACUUCAUGCCACAUGGUCUUACUCCGUGCUGGGAAAGAGCCUGCCUAGCACCAGACACCAUCUUCUGGCAUAGCCUCAACUACAAGUAUAGACUGAUCUUGUCUGAGCUGACCAGCCUUUUCCAACCUGCUUUUACAGUUGCCUCCUUGACUGGUGGCAAGAGAACAGGGAUGCUAUAUCUGGGUUUCUGGGGUGUGAGUUCUAGAGUAUCUGUUUGUACUAGCCUUUUGGCAGUGAUGGAGUUUGAUCUGUGGCAGCUUCAUGUAUUCAGAGUUUGUCUGACCACUAGCCAGAGAACUUUCAUCUUCAAGAGGGUGGUGUGCAUGUGGUGAUGGUGGGUCUUGGUGAGCAUAAGCUGAACAGCAAGUGCUAGGUAGUAAACUGACUGAGCUGGAUGGUCACUAUUCUGUUUUACUACUCCAGCUGAUUUCUAGGAGGGCUCCCAAUGCUUUGUAGGCAUCCCCUGCUGCAGGGUUCAUGGCUUCCAGACAGGAUGCCAGGGCCCAAAGGAGCAGGAGUACAGCUCCCAGACCCUUGUGUCUGUGCUGGGCAGGCUGCCAGCUGGAGUGGUGGGAGGCUGAGGGUGCCAUACUGCUCCUCUCUGGUGGUGUGGAUGCAGCCACAGAGCAGCCUUGUCCUCAAAACUGCCUUGGGAGUGCCAGGAGAUCUGCUGGUGUUUGCUGGCUGCUGACCACUGGAAAUGGCAUAGGUGACUGUGCUGAAACUUAGCUAAGCCUCUGCUUCCAUGGGUAGGGCAGGACUUGGCCAGCCAUGAGAUCUGAAUAGUUCUUGGUGAUGGUGCAAAGCUUUGCCCUACAAGGGCUGGCCAACUGCUGUGACUCAGUGGACUUCGGAGGUAUUUGCCUCUGAAGCCAAAGGGAGAAACUAUGGCUGAGAUUGGGGAAGAACUGCUUGCAGCACUUCACUGGAAACCUUGGUGUCCUCUCCUGUUUCAGGAGAGCUGUGUACCUUAUGCUUAUGGUGGUAUUAGUUGCAGGCAAUGACAUCCACUGCUGGCCCUUUGCUCUGCCUGGAUGCUAAGUGCCUCUGCCCUGACUGUUGCUGUAAAUAGUGUAAAAAUGGCAUUUAACAGUGUACAGAUGUUGUAUGUUAUGAAUAGAAAUUUAAGUCUCUGCA